AUGAGUUAUCUUCUUGUUCAGUAAAUGAUUUGUGUUUAUAGCGCUUAAGAAUAUUUGCUUUCCUUGCCCCGAAAUGUCCUUUUUAAUAGUGACUUGACCCAGUAAUUUCUUCCCAAGAGGUGUGACAAGAGUCGUGAAUGUGUAUUCCCCAUUGACCAACCGUCUCAAUGAGUACUCACAUAUUCAAUAAGCAAAUUGUUCACAUCCUCCUGUGUGGUCUUCCAAGACUCCGCUAGGAUCGAGGAAUACUACUGGGAGGUUACUGUUAGCACUUUUAGUGUGUGAUUUGCUAAGGAGGAUAUUAAAUUUUUAGGUGGAAUCAAAGGCUAGAUAUCUUGGUCUUUUCCACAGGGCUGACUUUCAGAGCACAGUAAGAAAAGAGAAGGUUUGGUUGUUGUAGUCAGUUAAUGACAAAGUUACCAGCUUUGUGAGGCUUUUUUUUUUUUUUUUUUCUUUUUUUUGCGGUACGCGGGCCUCUCACUGUUGUGGCCUCUCCCGUUGCGGAGCACAGGCUCCGGAUGCGCAGGCCCAGCGGCCACUCCGCGGCACACGGGAUCCUCCCAGACCGGGGCACGAACCCACGUCCCCUGCAUCGGCAGGCAGACUCCUAACCACUGCACCACCAGGGAAGCCCCCUGCGAGGCUUUUAAGGGUGGGGUUUGAGCAAAGGUCUUUGUCAUCAAAGAUCUGGCUUCUCUGGAUUUUGUGUCUUCAGUAAAGGAGACCCCAAGAGGACCGAUCAGUUCUUGAAUUCUAAAACCAUGGCCCACGGUUUGGUGACAUUCUCCGAUGUAGCCAUAGACUUCUCUCAGGAGGAGUGGGCAUGUCUGGACUCUACGCAGAGAGACCUGUACUGGGACGUGAUGUUGGAGAACUACAGUAACUUGGUCUCGCUGGAUUUGGAAUCACCAUAUGAGACCAAGAGUCUACCUACACAGAAGGGCACUUAUGAGAUAAAUUUUUCCAAACAGAACUCAAAUAGAAAAAGUAAAUCCCUUGGCCUUGACUGGAUGUGUGAAGGUGAGUUUGAAGGACCACAGGCCCCACAAGAGGGAUAUAUCAAUCAAAUCAACUGUGGGAAGACGCCCACUUGCAGAGAAAAUACCUCUGUCCGACCACAUCAGAGACUUCAUAACAGGGAAAAUUCCUAUGAAUGUAAGGAAUGUGGGAAGGCCUUUAGCCGAGGCUAUCAGCUUACUCAACAUCAGAAAAUUCACACUGGUGAGAAACCCUAUGAAUGUAAAGAAUGUAAAAAGGCCUUCCGUUGGGGUAAUCAACUUACUCAACAUCAAAAAAUUCACACUGGUGAGAAACCUUAUGAAUGUAAGGACUGCGGGAAGGCGUUUCGGUGGGGUUCAAGCCUCGUUAUUCAUAAGAGAAUUCAUACGGGUGAGAAGCCCUAUGAAUGUAAAGACUGUGGGAAGGCCUUCAGACGCGGUGAUGAGCUCACUCAGCAUCAGAGAUUUCACACCGGUGAGAAAGACUAUGAAUGCAAAGACUGUGGGAAGACCUUUAGCCGAGUGUAUAAACUAAUUCAGCAUAAGAGAAUCCACAGUGGUGAAAAACCCUACGAAUGUAAGGACUGUGGGAAGGCCUUCAUUUGUGGUUCCAGCCUCGUUCAACAUAAGAGAAUUCACACCGGUGAGAAGCCCUAUGAGUGCCAAGAAUGUGGGAAAGCCUUUACUCGCGUCAAUUAUCUCACUCAGCAUCAGAAAAUUCACACUGGUGAGAAACCUCAUGAGUGUAAGGAAUGUGGGAAGGCCUUCCGCUGGGGUUCGAGUCUCGUGAAACACGAGAGAAUUCAUACGGGUGAGAAGCCAUAUAAAUGUACAGAAUGUGGGAAGGCCUUUAACUGUGGCUAUCACCUUACACAGCAUGAGAGGAUCCACACUGGUGAAACGCCUUACAAAUGUAAGGAAUGUGGAAAGGCCUUUAUUUAUGGGUCAAGCCUUGUCAAACAUGAGCGAAUUCAUACAGGGGAGAAACCCUACGAGUGUAAAGAAUGUGGGAAGGCCUUCAGUCACGGCCAUCAACUUACACAGCAUCAGAAAAUUCAUACUGGUGAGAAACCCUCUGAGUGUAAGGAAUGUGGAAAGGCAUGUAAACGUGUAGACCAUCCUCCAGAACAUCAGAGAAUUCAUGCUGUUGAGAAACCUUUUGGGUACAAAGAGCAUACAGAGGCCUCUAUUCAACAUUCAUUUCUUCCACGACAAGAGGAAAAUCCAUGAUAAGACUUAACGCAAGAAAGCCUUCACUGGUCCCUCUUCUGCUUAUAGAAUAUCAGAAGUCAUAUGAGAGGUGAAUUUGGAGUAUCGGAGAAAUCACUUUUUCUUAUCGAUCACAACAUACUCAGUUGUAGACUAUUUUCUGCUGGAUAGGUUAGUUUCCUGAAUGUGUAGAAACCUUCCAAUACCAUUUCAUCUCUGUCAUAUUUCAGAUUUGUUCUAAGGUAAAACUCUGCUAAUGGAGCAUAUGUGGGAGAGCUUUUCUCGUGGUACAUACCGCUACCUGUUUCCAUCACCAUCCCACCUCUUUACUCCCUGUGAGGCACUGAGAAAAUUAGCUAUUACUCUCUGUGCAUUAUCUGUGAAAUGGCGAUAAUCACACCUACCUAAUACUGCUGUUGUGAUUAAAUGAGUUUGGUACAUGUAAGCUCCUUGAACGUGUAUCUGAAAUGUUGUGUAAGCUCAAUAAAUAUUAGCUGUUUCUGUUGUUCUCAUUACCAUUAACAUUGCUAUUAGUGAAUUUUUACAAGAAGACCCCCUGUGGGUGCAGUGAGCUGAGAAAAGACUAUCAAACUUCUAGAAGAAAAUAUGGGGAAUUCCCUGGUGGUCCAGUGGUUAAGACUCCAUGCUUCCACUGCAGGGGGGCACAGGUUUGACCGCUGGUUGGGGAACUGAGAUCCCCCA